AUGUCUUUGAACGUAUUGCGACUGAAGCUUCUAAGCUCGCUGUCUAACAAAAAAUCUACAAUUUCGACCAGAGAAAUCCAAACAGCUGUUCGUCUUAUCCUUCCUGAUGAAUUGGCGAAACAUGCCAUUUCUGAAGGCACAAAAGCG